CUACGCAGUGCGUCCUGGCCUGGCGAAACCGGGGUCACCCUGAGCUGCAGACCGCGACGCGAUGCUGGGCAAGUUCCUGGGCCCGCGCUACCGCGAACUGGCCAAGAACUGGAUUCCCACAGCAGGCAUGUGGGGUGCUGUGGGCACCGUGGGGCUAGUGUGGGCCACCGACUGGCGGCUGAUUCUGGACUGGGUGCCCUACAUCAAUGGCAAGUUUAAGAAGGACAACUAAUUAAACUGACCUUCCUCAGGCCCCUCUGGUGACUGGUGGUACCGACAGCUUCCAUCUCAGGACCUGCUGCAUCUGGAACAACCCCAGCCUUCAGCAUAGAUCUCAAGGAGAUCCACAGUGUGACUUAGGACUUUCCAUGUUUAUGAAAAUAACUUUGAUGUAUGAAUGUAUUAAACCUUCUUCUGAAACCU